UACCUUUGACGACACCUUCAUAUUUCCAGACAUCCAUUCUGGUAAUAUUUAUUGAGUGAAAAAAUAAAGCACAAAUUAAUAAUAGUAAUUAUUAUUAUUACUAUUACUGUAAUGUCAUUCAGCAAUUGUUUUAUUGAUUUGAUGUCAUUUUUCACACCUCUUCUCAAGACACCACAAAUUCCUGUCAAGAUUCAUAGUUUAAUUAAAUUUAUUACGAACGAUAGAAAAUAAUAAACUUUGAAUGAAUAAUGAACACCUCGUGUUGCAAUAGCAACACUGGAAAAAUUAUCGAAGCACUUUAUAGUGGAUAUACCCCAGAAAAUGAAAAUAAUUUUAUAAACCCUAAUGGCAGUGACUCCUUGAUUAUCAAAUCUUAUACUCUAAUUAAUAACAAUGUCGAGAUAGUCAUUAUUACUUGGGGAGCAACAAUAGUGUCGAUUAAGUAUCCGGAUAAGUAUGGAAGAGUGGUGGACGUUGUCUUGGGAUUUGAUAAUUUAGACGAUUAUAUGAACUCUGAGGCGAAUUUGUUCAUUGGUUGUGUACUGGGACGAUGUGCUAACCGAAUAAAAGAUGGAAUUCUCAGGAUAAAAGGAAGAGAUUACCAAUUGUCUUUGAAUGAUGAAAACGAUCAUCUUCAUGGAGGAAUCGGAGGCUUUGGAAGGCGGAAUUGGGAUUCUCACAUCAAUGAAAAUAAUUUAAUACUGACGUAUUUAAGCCCAGAUGGAGAAGAUGGUUACCCAGGAACUGUUUUAACGAUUCUAACAUUCAAAUUAACGGCAGAAAAUACUUUAGACAUAAAAAUGCAGGCAACAACCACCAGACCAACAUUGAUAAAUCUCUCAUAUGGGUUAUUAUUUAAUUUGGCUGGACACAAUGCUGGAGAAGACGAAUUGAAGAUGCACAGUGUCUCCCUUAAUUGUGACCGCUGUAUAUUUACAACAAAUGAAGAUGGAAUUCCGAUUAAUAAAAGCCGUAGAAUAGGCGGAACUUUAUUGGAUUUCCGAGUUCAACGACUUCUGGGAAAUGAAAAGAGUUGCAUGCUAUUUGAAGAUAAUUUUGAACAAAAUUUAUGUGUAAUCCGUGAUUGUGAACCUGCAUUGACGUUCGUAUGUCGUGCCUAUCAUGGAGAAACUGGCAGAGUCUUGGAAGUAUUCUCCAAUCAACCUGGACUACAGUUGGACAUGUGUGGAAGAUUCCCCAGCGAAAAUGACGCGGAGGAUGUCGCAUAUGGAACACUGGAUGCUCAAAAGUUCGAUGAGCUUGCUAGUUACAGUAGUUUUCUCUCGGCAAAUGGAGAAGAAUACAUCAAAGGUGAAGAAGAUGAAGAUUCAUACGAAAAUACAAAUUUUCUAUUUCCCAAAUCGCGAAUGAACUUUAUUCCCGGAAAAAAGGGUGCAAAGUACAUGAAAUUCUGUGCAUUUGGUGUUUACCCACAGAAUUAUCAUAAUUCCGCAAUCAAGCACAUCCCGAGUGCUGUGGUGCGGCCCGGACAAGUCUAUCACCACCAUUUGGUUUAUAAAUUCGGAGUUCAGCUUGAAAAUUCUCUUUAACUGUAAAUUAAAAAAUGCGAGCCAUGGCAAUAGAUGGAAAUAUAGAGGG